AUGGGAACUUGUUGUGGUACCUAAGGACCACAUACUGGGAGUCUUUUUGAAUUCUCCACUCUCACAUAUUACUCUCGUAAUGCGAUUAUUAUUUAGAGAGCAUAUCGAAAGUGGAAACACAAAAAAGAAGAAUAGGAGAAUCGUCUAAUCAUCACCAUUGAUAGUCAGCAUAGCAAUGAACCUCCUCCAUAAGAAACUGUUGUAAUUGAUAAACCAGUCGAAGUUGUUGAAUAGAUUAUUGAUCAUUCCCCUUAAAAUGCUAUUAAGGUAGAUCGCAAAUGUAGUGAAUAUUCAACAAUCGUAAGUAAUCUCAUCUUUAGAAUUGGUAAUUUUAAUUACAAGGAAUAUGCAAAAUAACUGAGUUACACAGACGAAGAACUCGCAUUGCCUCAUCUGGAUCCCUUUCAACUAUAAGAUGGCACUGUGUAUGUUGGUUAAUGGAAAUUGGGAUUGCGUCAUUGUAAAGGUAGAGCAAUCUUCCAGGAUAAGAGCAUCUACGAGGGCUUCUGGAAAGAUGAUUAGAUGUGGGGAUAUGGCAGACUUAUUUUAGGAACAGGAGACUAUUAUGAAGGUGAAUUUUUAAGGAAUAUGGCCAAUGGGAAAGGCAAACAAGUUACUACCUUAGGAUAUAUGUAUGAGGGUGAUUGGGUGAAUGACAAACAGUAGGGUGAAGGCAUCGAACAAUAUCCGGAUGGUACGAAUUUCAAAGGAAAGUUCGUUGAUGGUAUGAAGACGGGUUUUGGAGAAUUUCACUUUUAAGAUGGGUCAAGUUAUGUUGGACAAAUCAUAGAAAAUAAAUUUAAUGGGAAAGGUGUCUUUAAAUUUGCUGAUGGUAGACAAUAUGAAGGACAAUGGAAGAAUAAUCAGAUGGAUGGGUAUGGUACAUUCACAUGGCCUGAUGGGAGAUAGUAUGAUGGAUAUUAUGUCAAGGAUAAGAAACAAGGCUUUGGAGACUUUACUUACCAGGAUGGGUCUAUGUACAAGGGGAAUUGGUUUGAAGGGAGGGAACAUGGAAAUGGCACAUUUUAUUCGAAAAGCGGACUGUGUAGAGAGGGGGAGUGGUUGAAUGGCAAACGAGUGAAAUGGCUGGGCCAGUAUUAGACAGCUUGA